AUGGUCAAGGCUUUGAUCCUCAUUGCAGACGGAACGGAAGAAAUGGAGUUCACGAUAACAUACGAUACGCUCGUCCGCGCAGGAAUAGAAUGCACAUCUGCCUUUGUCCCCAGGGGUCUCUCACCAUAUGGAUCUUCUGAUACAAGUCCUCCGCUUGCAGUUUGCUCGAGGCGAGUGAAGAUCCUUCCUGAUGUCACCCUCGACCCCCUUGCUGCCGGUCCGGAGAAGUACGAUGCCCUCGUCAUCCCCGGUGGCAUGGGGGGUGCCGUGACGAUGGCAGGAUCAACAGAGGUGCAAAACCUUGUUCGUUCUUACUAUAACCACCCAGAGAAGCGGAUUAUUGGCAUGAUAUGCGCAGGUUCCAAGGUCGCGAUCACAGCAAAACUUCCUGGUCAACCGAUCACGUCGCACCCAUCUGUCCAGAGCGACUUCUCUGUUGCGAUAGAUUUUGACUACAGGGAGCAAGAUGUGGUGGUGUCGGAUGCCGUCCCAGGCAAGGCAACGCUCGUCACAAGCCGCGGACCAGGAACUGCGUUUCCUUUCGUAUUCACGCUGAUCGAGCUCUUGUGCGGGAAGGAAAAACGCGACGAAAUCGUAGGACCUAUGAUCUUCCCUUCCGGCACAGUGACUGGGUAUCCGCUCUGA